CGAAAGAGCGUUCUCAGUCAAGGCUGCGACACAGAUGGCAGCAGAUCUUUCCCGCAUCGUUGCUCCCCGGAGUGUCACAUCGCAUUUUAAUGAGUUAUUCGUUGCGUGAUAAGCGAUUCGUCGUCAUAGAUGAACGCUCUUGGCUUUUUCAUCUCUUUCUCUCCCUCCUCCUGUCUCUCCUCCCUCUUUCUCGUCUUCAACGCAUUUCUUUCGUUCGGAGCAACUUUUGUGACCAGAAGGAUAAGACUCUCUCGCCUCUCCGCGCAGACUUGGGCUUUCAUAAAUGUUCACACCUUUACCGAAGAAACUUCAGAUCCUCAAAGUCACAGCAGAUUGAAAAAUAUUCUCGAGGAUUCCAGUGUUUACUCUCUCGUAUAUCGAAGCAGGCUCUCGUCCAGGGCAAAGAACGAUUCGAGGAAUCCGAGAGGUGCGUAUGCUCGAGUGAACGGGAGGAAAAAUACAAGUUCGUGCACAAUGCUGAGAAGCGUUACGCCGACGAUGAAGUUGAUCGGUCUAGUCAUCCUCGCGGUGCUCCACUCCCCAGGAUCAAACUCACAAUCUAUGAUUUUUUUCACAGAAGAGGCAAACUGCUCGACAGCUUCGAAGCAAUCCGGGACGUGCAUCAACAUCAGACAAUGUCCAGCCCUGAUGAGUGUUCUCCGAGGUCCCAGACCCCUGUCUCCGCAGGCUCUCGAACUCCUGAGAUCCUCGCAGUGCGGUUUCGAUGGUAAUUCGCCAAAAGUGUGCUGCGAGAGCGAGCGAGCGGGCACGACAAGCCCGUUGGUCGGUGCGAGCAAUGACGAGGACUCGGCGAGCCCUCCAUCGCCUCCGGACGUGACUGCGCACCCGAAUCUCAGACUCCUCGAGCACGCGCUUUGCGGUCCUAUAACACAGGGGAAAAUAUUAAACGGCAACAAAACUAGCGUCUUCGAUUACCCAUGGAUGGCUCUGAUCGCGUACAAAAUCGGUUCGACUUACGAGUUCCGCUGCGGCGGAAGCGUCAUCAACAAGAGAUACAUCCUCACGGCCGCUCAUUGCGUCUCCCAGUUACCCGCCGGUCUCGUCUUGUCCGGCGUAAGGGUCGGGGAUCACGACAUAAGCAAAGAGCGGGAUUGCGACAAGGGCGAGGACGGGUUGGAAGUCGUGUGUGCCGAGAGAUACCAAGACUUUGGGGUCGAGAGCACGCACCCGCAUCCCCGAUACUCGAGGAGCAAUCUCAAAAAUGACAUUGCCCUCAUUCGUAUCGAUAACGACGCGGAUUUUCGACCGGCGAGUGUUCGACCGAUUUGUUUACCCAUCGGAGCCGCUGCGACGAUCGUUCAGAAAAAGGUCACGGUAACGGGCUGGGGCGCGACCGAGAGAGGCCCUCAAAGUCAGGACCUUUUGCAAGCCUUCAUCAGUGUCGUGCCGAACGAGCAGUGCGCGGAGGCUUAUCGAAAGACUGCGACGAUCGGAUUCCGACAGCUGUGCGCCGGCGGGAGCAACGGCGUUGAUUCCUGCUUCGGUGACAGCGGCGGUCCCCUCCAAUCACCUGGACUGUACAACAGCGCUCCGAAAUACAUACAGCAUGGCUUGGUCAGCUUUGGACCAACGCGCUGCGGAAUUGAAGGGUUCCCUGGUGUUUACACCAAAUUGUCGUACUACCUUGAUUGGGUCCUGGACACUAUGAGAGAUUAGAACUCGCAAAUACUGACACUCUGUGACAAGCUGCCACGAGGUGAUCGAGAGGCGAUUUUAGCAACUCUGGAAUUGGAAAAGAAGAAUAUGCGGAAAAUUUUCAAACACGAAAUAUCUCCGGUGAAAGUCGCUGCGACGCAAGUCGAUGCAAGCUAAAUGGUUUUCGAGCCUCUGAUUUGAUCUCUCCACCUCGGGAUUUUUAAAUAAAAUGUGAUCGAGGCUCGAUAAUUGUUCGAAAUUUUUCUGCUCGUUACUUCAAGCCAAUGGGAACAUUUUUUCACUCAUAAAUAUUCUCAAUUCGAGCGCUUUUCUUACGAUUCUCUCUUGUUUUCGUGGGUUUCAGAAUAAUUAAUAAAAUCACGUCGACACAAAUAACGUGUAUAUCGAUAUAUUCGGAUAUUGCACUUGACACUCGAGACAAAUUAGUAUCCACAAUAAAAAAAACAGUUCUUCGUA